AUGUCAUCGGUUGUCACAGUCAGUGCGAAUGACCUCAGGGGCGGUACGGUGCCGCUUGACACGCUCGAACAAGCUUUUGGGCCAGCCUCGCUAGGCAUCAUAGUCGUCCGCGACUUGCCAACGGAGUAUGCGACUCUUCGGCAUAGCGUAUUGAGCAACUCGUCCUAUCUCGCUAAUUUGCCGACUUCGGAACUUGCCAAGCUUGAAAGACCUGAGACGAGAUACAAUGUCGGCUGGAGUUGUGGUAAAGAGACUCUUGCUAAUGGUCGCUACGACACGCUGAAAGGCUCAUUCUACGCCCAGCCCGUAUCUGACGAUGAGCUCGAAGAGAAGGCUAGCAGCCUAUAUCCGGAUUGUCUGGAACUGACAAGCCCAAACGUCUAUCCUUCUGACAGCGUUCUGCCGGGUUUCAAAGCGUCAUUCGAGAAGCUUUGCUUGCUUAUCGUUGACACCGCCGCGUUAGUGGCUCGUAACUGUGACAGGUACGGCAAGGCCAAGCUAGAUGGGUACGAAGACGGCACGCUCGAGCAUAUUGUACGCAGCAGCGUGUCCACGAAAGCAAGACUUCUCCACUAUUUCCCACCACCUCCCAGAGCUGUAGAAGGGCGACCGGACUCAGCCGUAAGUCUCGACGAUGACUGGUGCGCCACUCAUUCCGAUCUUGGCGCUUUGACAGGUCUCACUGCAGCCAUGUUCGUUGAUGAAGCCGCUCACCGUCCUCUCGCCAAAGCGGACAGCAGCGGCCAUUGUCCGCCGUUACCUGAACUCGACAGCCACCCGGAUAGUGAAGCAGGACUAUGGAUCAAGGAUCGGUCCGGCCGGACCACGCAGGUCCACAUACCGCGCGAUUGCCUCGCUUUCCAAACUGGGACCGCUUUAGAGCUCAUUACAAGAGGCAGAUUCAAGGCCGUACCGCAUCUGGUGCGUGGAGCGGCACCGGAGAAGGCAGCCAAAAUCGCCCGAAAUACGCUUGCUGUUUUCACUCAGCCCAAUCUGUGGGAACGGGUUACUGACCAUCAGACAUUCGGGCAACUGGCGCAGGCUGCUUUGGCCCAGACCGCUUGA